CCCACUCCCCCACGCGCUUGCGUUCUUUUCCUUCCCAACCUGCUUAAAGUUGCAGUAUACACUCCUCCCCACCCCCUCAAUCACUCUCUCUCUCUACUCGCUCUCUCUCUCUCUCUCUCUCCGCUGCUUUUUACUCUCUCUGCUAGGGUUUGUCCUCUCACUCACACCGCUGUAUUCUCUUCCAACUUCACAAAAUCUCUCCUCAAUGCUCCACAUUUUACUGCUUUCUGAACUCUCUUUACUUCACUCAUUGCACUGCAGAUGCUAGAUUCAUCAGUAUCUACCUACCUUUCUUCACCGGCAGGGAUUUGUACUGGAUUUUGAGAUACUGAGGAGACUAAUUUAAAAAAUGUCGUCGAGGGGAGGGGGGUCCGACCAGCCGCCGCCGCAGCGGCGGAUCAUGCGGACGCAGACGGCCGGUAAUCUCGGAGAGUCGAUUUUCGACAGCGAGGUUGUGCCGUCUUCGCUCGUGGAGAUUGCUCCUAUUCUUCGCGUCGCCAAUGAAGUCGAGAAAGCCAAUCCGAGGGUCGCUUAUUUAUGUCGAUUCUAUGCUUUUGAGAAAGCCCAUCGAUUGGAUCCCACUUCCAGUGGACGUGGUGUUCGCCAAUUUAAAACUGCACUUCUUCAACGCUUGGAAAAGGAGAAUGAACCUACUUUCAUGGGAAGAGUUAAAAAAAGUGAUGCACGUGAGAUGCAGAGCUUUUAUCAACACUACUACAAAAAAUAUAUUCAAGCUUUGCAAAAUGCUGCUGAUAAAGCUGAUCGUGCACAGCUCACCAAGGCGUACCAAACUGCUAAUGUUCUCUUUGAGGUUCUGAAGGCUGUCAAUCAGACACAAGCUGUCGAAGUUGAUCGUGAGAUAUUGGAAACUCAUGAUAAAGUUGCAGAGAAGACUCAGAUAUACGUCCCUUAUAAUAUUCUUCCUCUUGAUCCGGAUAGUGCAAAUCAGGCAAUUAUGAGAUAUCCAGAGAUUCAGGCUGCUCUUGUAGCUCUUCGCAACACCAGGGGUCUUCCUUGGCCUAGGGACUACAAGAAGAAACAAGAGGAGGAUAUUCUAGACUGGCUACAAGCCAUGUUUGGUUUUCAGAAGGAUAAUGUGGCAAAUCAAAGGGAGCAUCUCAUUUUAUUACUUGCAAAUGUACACAUUCGGCAGUUCCCAAAGCCUGAUCAACAACCCAAGUUGGACGAACGUGCAUUGAAUGAAGUGAUGAAGAAACUUUUCAAGAGCUACAAAAAAUGGUGCAAGUACUUGGACCGCAAAAGUAGUCUUUGGUUACCUACCAUACAACAGGAAGUGCAGCAACGUAAAUUACUAUAUAUGGGCCUAUAUCUUCUUAUAUGGGGUGAAGCUGCAAAUCUAAGAUUCAUGCCAGAAUGCCUUUGCUAUAUUUAUCAUCACAUGGCAUUUGAAUUGUAUGGAAUGCUCGCUGGCAAUGUCAGUCCCAUGACGGGAGAGAAUGUUAAGCCUGCCUACGGAGGUGAAGAUGAGGCUUUCUUGAGGAAAGUUGUUACUCCUAUUUACGAAGUGAUUGCACAGGAAGCUGCAAGGAGCAGAAAAGGGAUAUCAAAGCAUUCGCAGUGGAGGAACUAUGAUGAUUUGAAUGAAUACUUUUGGUCGGUUGACUGCUUUCGAUUAGGUUGGCCAAUGAGAGCUGAUGCUGAUUUUUUCUGUCCUCUUAUAGAUGAACAUCAUGUUGAGAAAACUAAUGGGGAUAGCAAGCCAACCGUUGGUAAAGAUCGGUGGGUGGGGAAAGUCAACUUUGUGGAGAUACGAUCAUACUGGCAUAUGUUUAGAAGCUUUGAUAGAAUGUGGAGUUUUUUCAUUCUGUGCUUACAGGCCAUGAUAAUUGUUGCUUGGAAUGGCUCGGGGAACCCAAGCUCAAUCUUCAGUUCUGAUAUUUUCAAGAAAGUUCUGAGCGUUUUUAUAACAGCAGCGAUAUUGAAGCUUGGGCAAGCUGUCCUUGACUUUAUCCUUAGUUGGAAAGCAAGACGGAGCAUGUCAAUCCAUGUUAAGCUACGAUACAUAUUGAAAGUUUUGUCUGCUGCUGCAUGGGUGGUCAUUUUGCCAAUCACUUAUGCUUAUACAUGGGAGAAUCCACCUGGAUUUGCUCAAACUAUUAAAAGUUGGUUUGGCAAUAAUUCAAAAUCUCCCUCAUUGUUUAUUUUGGCGAUCACAAUCUACUUGUCCCCCAAUAUGCUCGCUGCAAUUUUGUUUCUUUUGCCCUUCAUCCGCCGGUUCCUCGAGAGAUCUAACUAUAGAGUUGUGAUGCUGAUGAUGUGGUGGUCACAGCCUCGGCUAUAUGUUGGAAGGGGGAUGCAUGAAAGCACGUUCUCUCUUUUCAAGUACACCAUGUUUUGGGUUCUUCUUCUAAUGACAAAGUUGGCAUUCAGUUACUAUAUAGAGAUAAGGCCUUUAGUGAAUCCAACAAAAGCUAUCAUGAGUGUUCACAUAACAAAUUAUCAGUGGCAUGAAUUCUUUCCUCGAGCAAAGAACAAUAUUGGUGUUGUGAUUGCACUCUGGGCUCCUAUUAUUCUUGUGUAUUUUAUGGAUGUCCAAAUCUGGUAUGCUAUAUUUUCCACAAUAUUCGGAGGUAUCUAUGGUGCAUUCCGUCGACUUGGAGAGAUCCGAACUCUAGGAAUGCUAAGGUCCAGAUUUGAGUCACUGCCUGGUGCAUUUAAUGCUUGCUUAAUUCCAGAGGAAAAGAGCGAGCCAGCAAAAAAGAAAGGACUGAAGGCCUCUUUAUCUUUCUCGCGGAACUUUGCUGAGAACCCUUCUAAAAAAGAAAAAGAACCAGCAAGAUUCGCUCAGUUGUGGAACACAAUAAUCAGCAGUUUCAGAGAGGAGGAUCUUAUAAGUAACAGGGAAAUGGACCUACUGCUUGUUCCGUAUUGGGCUGACCGUGAAUUGAACCUCAUACAAUGGCCUCCAUUUUUGCUUGCCAGCAAGAUCCCAAUAGCAUUGGACAUGGCUAAGGACAGCAAUGGCAAGGAUCGAGAGCUGAAAAAGAGGAUUGAGAAUGAUAACUAUAUGUCUUGUGCUGUUCGUGAGUGCUACGCUUCUUUUCGAAACAUUAUCAGGGUAUUGGUACAGGGUAAUCGUGAAAAAGAGGUUAUAGGUUGUAUAUUUUCGGAGGUUGACAAACAUGUAGAUGCAGGGGAUCUACUUAGAGAAUACAAAAUGAGUGCUCUUCCUAUCCUCUAUGACCAGUUUGUCAAGCUAAUCAAGUACUUGUUAGAGAAUAAGCAGACAGACAGGGAUCAAGUUGUGAUCCUUUUUCAAGACAUGCUUGAGGUUGUGUCGAGAGACAUAAUGAUGGAAGAUCACAUAUCCAGCUUGGUAGACUCUGUUUAUGGUGGAUCGGGAUAUGAGGGGAUGACCCCACUUGAUCAACAAUAUCAGUUAUUCGCAUCUCCUGAAGCAAUAACGUUUCCAGUUCAAGAAACAGAACGUUGGAAAGAGAAGAUCAAACGGCUCGAUCUAUUGCUUACGGUGAAGGAGUCUGCUAUGGAUGUACCAUCAAACCUAGAAGCUCGAAGGCGCAUUUCCUUCUUCUCAAAUUCAUUGUUUAUGGAAAUGCCUCCGGCACCCAAAGUCCGCAAUAUGCUUUCCUUCUCCGUUUUGACUCCUUACUGCGCGGAAGAUGUUCUCUUCUCACUCAAUGAAUUGGAAGUCCAGAAUGAAGAUGGGGUUUCCAUCCUUUUUUACCUGCAGAAAAUUUUUCCAGACGAAUGGAACAACUUUCUUGAGCGAGUAAACUGCAGCAAUGAAGAAUAUCUUAAAGCAUCAGAUGAGCUUGAAGAAAAACUGCGUCUUUGGGCGUCGUAUAGAGGCCAAACAUUGACUAGGACUGUAAGGGGCAUGAUGUAUUACCGGAAAGCUUUGGAGCUUCAGGCCUUCCUGGAUAUGGCCAAGGAUGAAGAUUUGAUGGAAGGCAUUAAGGCUGUUGAAUUAAAUAUGGAGGAUCAGGUUAAUGGAGAAAGGUCAUUGUGGGCACAAUGCCAAGCAGUAGCUGAUAUGAAGUUCACAUAUGUGGUCUCAUGUCAGCAAUAUGGGAUUGACAAACGAUCUGGAAAUCCUCGUGCACAAGACAUUCUUAGGCUUAUGACAACGUAUCCAUCCCUCCGUGUAGCUUUCAUCGAUGAGGUUGAAGAACCCAGCAAAGCCGGACCAAAAAAAAUUAACCAGAAAGUUUACUAUUCUUCUCUAGUGAAGGCUGCUUUGCCAAAGUCAAGUAAUACUCUAGAGCCAGAACAAAAUUUGGACCAGGUUAUAUAUCGAAUUAAACUUCCGGGACCUGCUAUCUUGGGCGAGGGAAAGCCUGAAAAUCAGAAUCAUGCCAUAAUCUUCACACGUGGAGAAGGCUUGCAAACAAUUGAUAUGAAUCAGGACAACUACCUGGAAGAAGCUUUGAAGAUGAGGAACUUGCUUCAAGAAUUCCUUAAAAAGCAUGAUGGUGUGAGAUUCCCUUCAAUACUUGGACUUAGGGAGCACAUUUUUACUGGCAGUGUUUCUUCACUUGCAUGGUUCAUGUCAAACCAGGAGACAAGCUUUGUAACCAUUGGUCAGAGACUGUUGGCAGAUCCUUUGAAGGUUCGAUUUCACUAUGGUCAUCCAGAUGUUUUCGAUAGGCUAUUUCACUUGGCAAGAGGGGGUGUUAGCAAGGCAUCCAAGACUAUUAACUUAAGUGAGGAUAUAUUUGCUGGCUUCAAUUCUACACUUCGUGAGGGAAAUGUUACUCAUCAUGAAUACAUACAAGUGGGGAAAGGAAGAGAUGUGGGCCUUAACCAGAUUUCUCAAUUUGAGGCAAAAAUUGCUAAUGGCAAUGGAGAGCAGACAUUGAGUCGGGAUAUAUACAGACUUGGACACCGUUUUGACUUUUUCCGAAUGUUGUCAUGUUAUUUUACAACAGUUGGUUCCUACUUUAGUACCUUGAUUACUGUUCUCACUGUAUAUGUAUUCCUUUACGGACGCCUUUAUCUGGUUCUAAGUGGACUUGAGGAGGGGUUGAGCAAACAACCUGGAAUUCGAGACAAUAAGCCUCUCCAAGUGGCUCUUGCUUCUCAAUCAUUUGUGCAAAUUGGAUUCUUGAUGGCCUUGCCUAUGGUGAUGGAGAUUGGCUUGGAAAGGGGUUUCCGAACUGCACUAAGUGAGUUUAUACUUAUGCAGCUACAACUGGCUCCUGUAUUUUUCACGUUUUCUCUAGGAACGAAGACCCACUAUUACGGAAGGACUUUGCUCCAUGGAGGUGCAAAAUACAGGCCUACAGGUCGUGGGUUUGUGGUGUUUCAUGCCAAGUUUGCUGAGAACUAUCGCCUCUACUCCCGUAGCCACUUUGUCAAAGGACUUGAGCUAAUGAUUCUGCUGAUUGUCUACCAAAUGUUUGGUGUUUCCUACAGAGGUUCAGUUGCUUAUGUUCUGAUCACAAUAUCAAUGUGGUUCAUGGUGGGCACCUGGCUUUUCGCUCCUUUUCUCUUCAAUCCUUCAGGGUUCGAGUGGCAAAAGAUUGUUGAUGAUUGGACUGAUUGGAAUAAGUGGAUAAACAAUCGGGGUGGUAUUGGUGUACCCCCAGAAAAAAGUUGGGAAUCUUGGUGGGAGCAGGAACAGGAACAUCUUCGUCAUUCUGGGAAGCGUGGUAUUGCUGCCGAGAUAUUGUUAGCUAUACGAUUUUUUAUCUAUCAGUAUGGGCUCGUUUAUCACUUGACCAUCACGAAGCAUACCAAAAGUUUUCUGGUAUAUGGCAUAUCAUGGCUGGUUAUCUUUCUCAUAUUAUUUGUGAUGAAGACUGUUUCUGUGGGACGGCGAAAGUUCAGUGCAAAUUUUCAGCUCAUGUUCCGGAUUAUCAAGGGAAUGAUCUUCGUGACGUUUGUCUCAAUUCUUGUUACUCUGAUAGCGCUCCCCCACAUGACAAUGCAGGAUAUCUUAGUGUGCAUUCUUGCGUUCAUGCCAACUGGCUGGGGUUUACUUCUGAUAGCACAAGCUUGCAAGCCUCUUGUACAUCGAUUUGGGUUCUGGGCAUCAAUUCGUACCCUCGCUCGCGGCUAUGAAAUUGUCAUGGGAUUGCUCCUUUUCACCCCUGUUGCAUUUCUCGCCUGGUUUCCUUUUGUCUCGGAAUUUCAGACUCGUAUGUUGUUCAACCAAGCAUUUAGCAGAGGUCUACAGAUUUCGCGUAUUCUCGGUGGCCAAAGGAAGGAUCGUUCUUCUCGUAACAAGGACUAGUUUCAGCUCUAGUUGUGGCACUGUUUAUGGUAAUUACCUGUGGUAACUUAUUGUAAUUAUGUCUGCGGCAUUUUUAUGUAAUUAUUAACUGAUGGGAUGUUGCCGUGUAUGGAUUACUCUUUGGAGUAUUACAACUAGUUAGAAUUGCUUACUCAAGGAGGAACCAUUUUCAUCGUGCCUCUGUAUGUUUUAUUGCUUUUGAAAUUAGGUCGGACUUACCUAGGACUCUAUCUUGUUGCGAGUCAUUAGUCUAAUGAAGCCAAUUUGGUAGCUGAGAUUGUUAAAACGCUUAUCAAAAUGGGUCUGUAUUGAACUCCAGACCUCAGAAUGCAGGUAUAUUUAAAUGUCAUAGUUUUCUGCGUAA